GACGCAUAGGAGCCAUACCAUCACAUACACCCAGAACCAACAGAGGCCGAGCUGCUUUCUUCUGCCACCAUGUCAGCUGGAGGAGAUUUGGGGAACCCUCUGAGGAAAUUUAAACUGGUGUUUCUGGGGGAGCAGAGCGUGGGUAAAACAUCUCUCAUCACUAGAUUUAUGUAUGACAGUUUUGACAACACAUACCAGGCAACCAUUGGAAUUGACUUCCUAUCGAAGACAAUGUACCUGGAAGACCGAACAGUGAGACUUCAGCUGUGGGACACAGCUGGACAGGAGCGUUUCAGAAGCCUCAUCCCAAGUUACAUACGUGACUCUACAGUAGCUGUGGUCGUCUAUGACAUUACAAAUGUAAACUCCUUCCAGCAAACCUGCAAAUGGAUUGAUGAUGUCAGAACAGAGAGAGGAAGUGAUGUCAUCAUCAUGCUAGUCGGCAACAAGACAGAUCUAGAAGAGAAGAGGCAAAUUACGAUUGAGGAGGGGGAGCAGAGAGCCAAAGAGCUGAAUGUCAUGUUUAUCGAGACCAGUGCCAAAACAGGAUCCAAUGUCAAACAGUUGUUUCGUCGGGUUGCUGCAGCCCUACCUGGGAUGGAGAGCUUGGACGAUGCAAAUCCUGAAGGCAUGAUCGACAUCAAGUUGGACAAGCCGGCGGAGCCCAGCGUUCCCGAGGGCGGGUGCUCAUGUUAAUGCAGAGCUGCGGUCGGACAGCUCCCUUCACACCAUAGGCUUGUUGUGUUGCUUACUACUGGUUAGCUUCCAGUUGACUUCUCUAAUUGGAUAUAGGAUCGGGGCCUUGUAUCUGAUUGGACAAAUCAAAUGUUAUUUCUCAGUCUUGUUCAGUUGUAAAAUAUUGUAUACUUUGUCAAUAUGUAAGUGACCGGUGGAGAAAGGGAAGGUAAAAAACCCACCCACACACACACACACAAACAUACACACUCUCACAAUGACUUGAAAAAAUUAAAGAAAAACUUGUUUGGAAAAAUGAAAAAGAAAGACAAACGGGAAAACCAAAUGGAGUUCUUUUCGCUGUUAUGUUUUGUAUUUUUUAUAUAUAAAAAGGGAAAGCACUAAAAAUGAUGCCUGAACAUAGAAGGAGAAAUACUGGGGGCCGAACACGUCUGAAUGUCUGCAGCACGCAUGCACGCUGAUCUGAUCUUUGACCUUUGGCCUGCCCUCCAGGGUCUCUAUGCUCUGGAAGAAGGUUGACUAUCUUAGAAUGUUUUAUAGCAUCCACUCUAUAGCAUCUCAUGACAAAACGUAUCUCAUUUGAUAUUCCCACCAGAGUCAACUUCUAGUAGGUUCACCUAACAGUAGCUGUAAAACGUGGCACUCUAUCUCUAUGGGUUUAACUUUUAUAGAACAAACUGUACUGUGGUUGAAAAAAAAACGAAGUAACAGAAACCAACUUACUAUCACAACUCCUCCCUCAGAACACGUCUUUCCUAUUCCGUCUUUUCCUCUCUUGACCCCUCCCUCCUUCUUCCUCUCUUCUUCCCGAUACUACUCAUAUAAUGAUCCUCUGUAAUGCACUGCAUUGUAUAUAAUAAUGUAAUAUGUAUGUUGUGAACGUCCCUCUGUAGCAGUGGUCCUUGUUCACCAGUAUGAAUAAUGUAAUAAUGUUUAAUGAUUAAUAAAUUAAAAAUUAAAGGGC